CAUUCAGAUUGCAUGCCGCCAGUGAAGUAAGGAAAUGGCAGAAGAAGAAGCCGGAACCUAAGUCGUUUUUAGAACAAAUGUUUCCGGACGACGUUAUUUUGAGUGAAAACUCGUGGACAAUUUGGUGUAUUCGCGCUCUAAAAACAUCAUUCACUUCUUCGGCUUUAUCGUUUAAAGCACAAUGGCUGCCACAGGCCCUAAUAAGGACAACAUCAGAGCUGGGUGCAAGAAAUGUGGAUAUCCGGGCCAUUUGACUUUUGAAUGCCGAAACUUUGUCAGAGUCGACCCCCAGAAAGACAUUGUUCUGGAUGUGAGCAGCACCAGCAGCGAAGAGGAGAGUGAAGACGAUGUUCCUGUUCAGCGCACUGAGAAGCUUGGGCGCAGCAAAGGUUCCCAUGAUGACAGCAAAGAUGGUAGAAAAGCAAGACACAAACUGAAGAAGAGCAGCGACCGAAAGUCAAGAAAGAGAUCAAACUCUUCGAGUGAUGACGCAACAAAGAAAAAGAAGAAACGCAGUACUUCCUACUCCUCAUCUGAUGAAGAGCAAAGUGGAAAGAAAAAGAAAGUGAAAAGCCAGAAGAAGAAAAGCAAGAAGAGCAAAAAGGAACAUGGGAAAAGUAAAAAGAAACAGAAGAAGAGGAAAGAAGCAUCAUCCUCCUCUUCUUCUUCUAGUGAAUCCUCUGACACUGACUGAGGCAGCUGAACUGUGCGGUGUCUGGAGGUUCAGCUAAAAAGUUCUUCAGUCCACAAAAAGGGUUCUUUGCUGACAUUUUGUAAAUGCACCUAAUCUUGUUAAAUACAGUGGCAAGUAUUUAAAUGAUUAGUUAGAGACUGGAAUUGUUUUGGGUUCUCUGAAGCAUUUUGGAGAACAUGUAGAAACCCAAAGGACCAUGUUUUUAUACAGUGUUUCCUUGUCCUUCCUCUGUCAGACUUCAUUGACAGUGACAAGCGUUAAAAGAAAUCUUAAAGCAACACACUGUACAGUCUUCUGUGAUUUAUAUUACUGAACAUUUUUGGUUAUCAAGUCCUAUUAAGAGGAAAAUGCUGGGAUACCUUUAGUAAAAACUUUCUGGAUGAUGUCCUUUAGUUUUCUUUUCUGUUACACACUUUUUUGCUUUUGGAAAUUGUACCAAAACAUUUUUAAAGUCAGGUGUGAAUGCCAAACCUGAUUUGACAUGAUUCAAAUGGCUAUGGGUAAAAAUGACGUGAACUCAGUUUAAACAAUAAUCAUUCAAUUCAUUUUUUUGUCACCAGCAGUUGAAUCCCUGCCCAACAUCACAGAUGAAAAAUAGUUUUAUUUGUCUAGUGUAUAAUUGCUGAAAAGUUCAUUACUGUACGUUUUCUUCGGUGACUGCAUAGAACAAUAAAACUCUUGGAAGUUGUUGGUUGUAAAAAUAAUGACUUCCAAAGUUAUUUCCAAAAACAUUGAUGUGUGUGGACUUUGGGAACUGUCCUUAACUGAACUUUUUUUAUGCAGCUUUAUUUCCUGUAAAACAAUGACAAAUGUGGUUCUCCCUAUUAAGUGUAUUUCUUUUUUGUAAUAAAAAUAUAUAUGGUUGUAUCUCUA